AUGGACUACUGGAGUGCCUUGGAGGUGUAUAAGGAGAUGGUGCUGCUGUAUUUGGAGGAGGGCCGGCAGCAGGUGAACUCGCGCUGCGCCCAUCUGGAGCCGUGGCAGAUCAUCGGAGUGACAGUGAUCACCACAGUGGGAGCACUAUGGGUCAAAGGCUUCCUCUUCCAGCAAGAAAGUCUGACAUCACGAAUCAAGAAGCAGUGCUUUAGACUCAUCAGAAAAAUACCCUUCGUUGGCGGGGCAAUCCAGAGCCAGCUGAACAAGGCUUUGGAUGACAUGUCUGCUAGUCUAUUUACCCUCAAGGAGGGGAUGAGCUACACCACAGAGCUUCCCUCCAAAGGUCUCUCUCAGGCCAAAGUAAUGGAGAAAAUCAAGGAGUACGACACCCUGAAUGAGGUGAAGUGGGAUAAGGGAUUGGUUUCUGGGGCAGUGUACUGGGGUGAUGAGUCACUGACCAACCUCCUAGUGAAGGUAUAUGGGGAUUUUGCAUGGAGCAAUCCACUCCACCCAGACAUUUUUCCUGGCGUACGGAAGAUGGAAGCAGAGGUUGUCAGAAUGGCUUGCACACUCUUCCAUGGUGGGCCUAACUCCUGUGGCACAGUCACUUCAGGAGGAACCGAGAGCAUACUGAUGGCCUGCAAAGCAUACAGAGACAUCGCAUACGAGCGAGGCGUCAAACACCCUGAAAUCCUUGCACCUGUGAGCGUCCACGCAGCUUUUGACAAAGCGGCACAUUAUUUCGGGAUGAAGCUGGUUCACAUUCCUCUCGACAAUAAAACUAUGAAAGUGGAUGUGAAGGCCAUGAGGAGAGCCAUCAGCAAGAACACAGCCAUGCUUGUCUGCUCAGCUCCCCAGUUUCCUCAUGGAAUCAUAGAUCCCAUUGAGGAAGUAGCCAAGCUGGCUGUACGCUACAACAUCCCGAUGCAUGUGGAUGCCUGUCUGGGUGGUUUUCUUAUUGUGUUCAUGGCCAAGGCUGGUUACCCACUCGCCCCAUUUGACUUCAGGGUAAAAGGUGUUACCAGCAUCUCUGCAGACACACACAAGUAUGGCUACGCCCCGAAAGGUUCCUCAGUGAUCCUCUACAGCGAUAAAAAGUACCGUCAGUACCAAUACUUUGUAGCUGCUGACUGGCAAGGGGGGAUCUAUGCCUCACCCUCUAUAGCGGGCUCCAGGCCAGGAGGAAUCAUCGCCGCCUGCUGGGCGACCAUGAUGUAUAUGGGAGAGAACGGCUACGUAGACGCCACCAAGAAGAUCGUCAGCACAGCUCACAAGAUCAAAACAGAAAUCCGCAAGAUAAAAGGGGUGUUUGUGUUUGGGGAUCCGGAGGUGUCGGUGGUGGCCAUCGGCUCGGAUGAUUUUGAUAUUUUCCGUCUGUCUAACGCACUGACGUCAAAGGGCUGGAAUCUGAACACAUUGCAGUACCCGUCCAGCAUCCACCUUUGCUGCACAGUUUUGCACACGCAGCCAGGGGUCGCUGAUCACUUUAUUCGUGAUGUCAAAGAGCAGGUCGCCAUCAUCAUGAAGAACCCCAAAGAGAAAACUACAGGAAUGGGAGCGAUCUACGGCAUGGCCCAGGCCAUCCCAGAUAGAUCCCUGGUGACAGAGAUCUCCCGAGGUUUCUUGGACUGUCUCUACAGCACUGAGGUGACCAAGUCAAACAUCAGCCACAUGAAUGGCAACGGCAAAGCCCACUGAAAAGGGAUUGGUCCCUCCUGGCCCGACAACACUGCAUGCAGGGAAACGCUCUCGCCUCCUCCCAGAGCUCUGAUUUUUAAAUCGUUCAACGGUUGCCUUAUCUUGCAUACCUGCACCAUAUAUAUAUUUAAACAAACAUCUGCAGCAAUCUUUGAAGCACAAGCCAUUGUCAUUCUAAUCAGCCUAGAGGGAAAUUCCUUAUAACACUGCGCCUAAAUGGUACAGAGAAGACAUGACUGGGUCCAAACGAGUUUUAACCUCUGAUUUGAUUUUAAAUUAUGUUGAGGAAAUGUGUUUGUUUUUUUCUGUUUUACAUUUCAUUUCAAUUUUAGCUUUCAUUUAAUACACGUCUGUCAUGAUAUCUACUGAUUGCAUAAUAAAACCUUUCAGUUUUUUUAAUACUAGAACAUUUCAAUGCCGUCACCGCUUCACUUCACUGUCCACGACGACUUUGCAAAAACAAACCACUCGAAAGCUCAAAAUGUGCUAGAAUCGCUGCGCUGCCUGUAGCUUACAAACUGAUGCACUGCUCUGAACUGGCUGUACAUACCUGUGUAUUAUCAUCAAAAGGGCGGUUUAAUGUAAAAGCAUUGCAGUGCCCUAAAAACUACAUAUCAGGUUAAUAUGUACAUCACUUGAAACCAGAAUUUAUCUGCAAACCUGAACAUGUAUGUCCUUGUUUUGUUAGCACUCAUUUACCUUCAUUUGUGGUUCAUCUACUGUGGUUGGUAUUAUAGACGGUGGGAAUGGGAGUUUUUAAUGUUAUUAAUAUCCACUAAAACUCUUAAUUUUAAUAAGAGAGAACAGGGGCAUUAAUAUUUUGAAAGAGGCUAGUGAUAUCCAAAUCUCUCCAGCUACUUAUCAGUUACUUAUCAAGUAGCAGAAACUCAAUUAUUCCUCUGUAUUCUGCAAAGUCACCUGUGUGUCACCUCGUUGUAAUAAUUUGUGUCCUAAUUCAAUCUACCUCAGUUUCCACUAAAUGCAAACGUCAUUAUUUCAUCCGGUGAAAUCCAUUCAAACUGGGCGUCAGUUUUCCAUUUCUCACAUAACAAAAGCGUUACAGCAUUUGGGGCAUUUGACAGACUGCACUAAAGUGUUCGUAAAUACACUGAAAGGGAACAUCUCCGCUGUGACCGAUCCACAGAUGGAGAUUCUUUAAACUUGGGAGAAAUCAGCUGUUUGCCCUGACUGACUGUGGACAUGAUGUAUUCUAGUAAAUAUCUACUCAGCAGGAUAUGUUACUCAUAGAUUGAUAACUUAACAAUGCAUACUGUAACACCAAAAGGACCUUGCUCUCUGUUUCUCACAAGCUUUCAUCUAACAUUGCUGAAAAUUCCUUGAAUUUAGUUCAAUUUUGUGCAAUAUGUAACUUCUCCUUGAUGAAGUGUAACAAAUGGGAAGGCUCUACAUGUUUAGCAGAAACAUUGUAGUGAAUGACAACUUAUCAGCCUUGAUGAGUAAAUUUUAAGCAUUUGUGUGACCGCUCCUUUUUGCUUCAUUUUACUCUUUUUGUCAACGUUUGUGUUUUAACUGUUUUUAUUUACUGGGAGCUUUUUGAAGAGAUUUGGCAUGAAUGUAAUUAGUCUCACAUGUGCAAGAAUUUCCCAUCUUGUAGCCAGUGCCUGGUUUAAAGACUGAUUAAACAAUCCAGCUAACAAUUAAAGUUCAUACCAUCGUGUGUCCAUGCUUUCAUCCUGAAAUACUGUGGUCAGUAAUAAGGUGCGGAAAGCCAUGCUGAUACAAAAAAUUAAAAAGGACUAAUCCUGUUGCAUUGAAGAAAUACUACAAACUGAUGAUUGAAUGUUCAAGAACUCUGUGUAAGUUGUUUUAGGCAGUAGCUGGCACAGAUAACCCUGUAACAGAUUCUCUGAAGGUCUGCGCAGUAAAUCUUCACUGGCAGUGACAUUAUGUAGCAAUGAUGUGUUUGACCUCGUGCUGACAUUGCAGUCUUUCCAACAACGGGGAUUGGGCUUAGCUGACUGUAGCAGAUGGCUCUACAGUGAUGUUUUCAAUAAAAUGGAUUCAAAUCA